AUUUGGUCAUCAAAUAAGAAAUACAAGUGGGAUUUGUGUAUCCCAUCUUAAAAGUUGCCGUGCCUAACCACCCGUAUACUCUGUGCAUUGUUUGAUCACGGGCCCACUGCACUCCAGUUGCACAAAUCGAACAAGGAACUAUGCACGACACAAGCCAUGAAUAAUUCCACCAACCAAAUAUGGCUUACUUAGACCACUUUAUUCACUUAACAAAAAAUAGCACACUGGAGAAGUGGAAAAGAGCAGAGUAGGACAGCAUCUCUCUCUACGUGCAAAAAUGGCAGCAUCUGAGUUGAACUGGAAGAACACUGCUCUUCUUGUUAUUGAUAUGCAGAAAGAUUUUAUUUAUGGUCCCAUCUGUGUGAAAGAUGGGGAAGCAAUUGUGCCUAAUGUGAUCAAGGCUGUUGAAGUGGCUAGAAGCCGUAGCAUUCCUAUUGUUUGGGUUGUUCGUGAGCACGACCCAUUGGGGAGAGACGUGGAAUUGUGCCGCAGGCACUUCUACUCUGCUGAUAAACUAAAACCGGCCGCUAAGGGUAGUGUAGGUGCAGAACUGGUGGAGGGGCUGGUGAUCAAGGAUGAUGACUAUAAGCUGGUGAAGACGAGGUUUAGUGCGUUUUUUAACACGCACCUUCAUUCGUUUCUUCAGGGUGCUGGUGUUAAUAAGUUGGUGAUAACUGGUGUUCAAACUCCAAAUUGCAUCCGGCAGACUGUCUUUGAUGCAGUAGCAUUGGAUUAUCACACAGUUACUGUCAUUGUUGAUGCUACUGCUGCUGCGACGCCUGACAUACAUAACGCAAAUAUUAUUGACAUGAAGAACAUUGGCAUAGCCACUCCAACUGUGGAAGAAUGGUGUAGAAUCUGAUAACUAGUGUGUAUUUGCUUUUCGGCUUGGUGUAUCAUCGAGCAGAAUAAGAGGCUUGGAACGACAUGUAAGCAAUCAAAACUAGGGAGAGGAUGUAAGGAUAUUGCCAAGUUUGGUUCAUGUUUUAUUUCAACUCUGUUGUUUGUACUAUGGAUUGGCUGCAUAAUUUCAUAUGUCCAAAUUAAUGUGGAACUC